CUUUGACUGCUGAGACUUUCUGCUCCAGAACUCCUGGGAGGCGGGAAGACCCCAGUUCACGGGUUCCGGGUCUCUGAACUUGUGCCUGUGGGACAAGAGAGGCGGGGCCGGAGCCCGGGGCAGCCCCUGCACACACACAGGAUUUCUGCCACCCCCGGAAGGACCCCAGGGCGGAGAGCCCGCAGCCAGAGGGAUGCCUCCUGACACCCCGAGGCCCCCCUCUCAGGGAUCAAUAACAUUCAAGGAUGUGGCUGUGGACUUCACCCAGGAAGAGUGGUGUCUACUGGACCAUUCUCAGAAAGAGCUGUACCUGGAGGUCAUGCUGGAGAAUGUGCAGAAUCUACUCUCUGUGGUGGAAGAUUUUGAAGUGAAGGACAUGUCUACAAAGUUGAGCCUUUUUAUGGAAGGAUCUGUCUCCCAAAGAUGCAUGAAUGAAGGUCCCCGUGAAUUCAUUUCGAAAGCAAUCUGUGACUCUACUGUCAAGGCAAAUAAAAAUCCAAAGAGUGACUGUGAAUUUGGUGAAAGUGCAGAGAAAUUCAGCCAAUAUUCAGUCCUAACUCAGUAUAUGAAAUUGACCUCCGGGAAUAACUGUUAUCUGGAUAGCAAAUAUCAGAAAUGCUUUUAUGAAGAAAUAGGACUUGUUCACUCAUCUGAGAAACCCAUGUAUCAAGGUAACAUGGAACAAAUGGCCUUUGGCUGGAGUUCAGACCUCAUUAGACAUCCAAAAAGUAAGUGUGUAAAGAUGGAUUCUUUGAGUGACAAUAUUGGGAGACCUUUCAAUCAGAACUCUGAGCUUGCUACACAUCAGAGAAUCUACACUGGAGAGAUACCUUGUGACUUUAAACAACAUGGAAAUGCUUUUACAGAGAGAGGAUCUCUUGCUAAGCAUCAGAGCAUCCACACUGGAGAGAAACCUUAUGAAUGUAAACACUGUGGAAAGGCUUUCACACAGAGGGGCAAUCUUUCUGUACAUCAGAGAAUCCACACUGGAGAGAAACCUUAUAAGUGUGAACACUGUGGAAAGGCUUUUACAGCAAGUGGUGAUCUUGCUGUCCAUCAGAGAAUCCACACUGGAGAGAAACCUUAUGAAUGUAGACUCUGUGGAAAAGCUUUUACAAUAAGGGCCAAUCUUACUGCACAUCAGAGAAUCCACACUGGAGAGAAACCUUAUCAAUGUAAACAAUGUGGAAAGGCUUUCACAAAGAAGACCAGUCUUGCUGCACAUCAGAGAAUCCAUACUGGAGAGAAACCUUAUGAAUGUAAACAAUGUGGAAAGACUUUCACCGAGAGAGGAUCUCUUGCUGCACAUCAGAGAAUCCACACUGGAGAGAAACCUUAUGAAUGUAAACACUGUGGAAGGACUUUCACACAGAGGAGCCAUCUUGCUAAACAUCAGAGAAUUCACACUGGAGAGAAACCUUAUGAAUGUAAACACUGUGGAAAGGCUUUCAGGUGGUGUGGUUUUCUUUCUGAACAUCAGAGAAUCCACACUGGAGAGAAACCCUAUGAAUGUAAACAGUGUGGAAAGGCUUUUUCUCGGAGCAGCUCUCUUGCUACACAUCAGAGAAUCCACACUGGAGAGAAACCUUAUGAAUGUAAACAAUGUGGAAAGGCUUUCACAGAGAGGGGCAAUCUUGCUGUACAUCAGAGAAUUCACACUGGAGAGAAACCUUAUGAAUGUAAACAUUGUGGAAAGGCUUUCAUACAGAGGACCAAUCUUGCUGCACAUCAGAGAAUACACACUGGAGGUGACCCUUAUCCUAUGGGAUAAAUUCAUGCUCAAUUCUCCAGCUUCCAUUACUUAGUAUUAGUAAUCUUUGAUUGGCAACUUCCUAUAGAAAUUUAGUAAAAGUGUAAAAAUAAACUCAAAUCCAGGACUUCAAUCCUCAGAAGUCCGUGCUCCACUUCCCCAGAAUGCUUUGUAAUCUCACUGAAUUCUCACCUGGGCUGAGAGCAAAAUGAUUAUUUAGAGGGUUUCCGCCCACGGCAGGGUCUCUUUUUCUUCCCUGUUUCAGCUUGCAAGCAGACGCGUCUCUUUUUUAAUGUAGGUGAGGUUGUCUAGGCCCCUGGGCCUAGACAUGUGCUUUCUUAUUCUGUAUUUCUUUAAAUCCUUAACCUUUAGGAAACCUCAUAAAAAUAAUACUCCUUGCAGAGAGAAACUAAUUUCUACCUGCCUCAGUUUUCCCCACAAUUUUAAUCUUAACAAAAGGUUGGUACCCUUUAGAAGGGAGAUACUAAUCUCUAUGAAGAGUAGAGAAAUCCCACUCCCCAGUAUCCUUUUAUAUGUAUAUAUAUAUUUGUAUAUAUAUGUGUGUGUAUAUAUAUAUAUAUAUAUAUAUAUAUAUAUAUAUAUAUACACACAUACAUAUAAACCUUCAAUUCAUUCUUUUCUAAAGUGACCAAAACCUCCCCUUUAAAAAAAUUGUUUUGGAUUAAGUGGUUCCAAUUAUAAAUUCCAAUUGUGUGAAGGAAAUUAUGGAGUGGAUUAGGUCACGAGGAUAGAAUGGUAGGAAGAAAAAGGCAGCCAUAAAGUCAAGAAAUCAGGAGACAUAGGUCAGGGCGGAUGUCCUGUGCACUGCCCCCUGAAGUGCUCCUCUGGGAGACCCAGGCAAAACAGGAAGCCACUUUUGCCUCCUGAGACUUGAUGUGAGAGUUAGUGGGAAGGGAAAAAGUUUGAUAAACUGAGGGAAGGGCAGAUUUCCCUUUCUUCUCUUCCUGGUUUUGUUGCUUGAUGGACUUAUCUUUCAGCAUAGCUAGGGGGCCCUAAUGGCAGUGACAGAAUAGCAAGGAAAAUGUAGCAACCUAGACAGUAAUUUCUAUUUCUGUCUCCUCUUUUAGCCUCUUUUCUGAGACCCCAAGACACAAGGGGCAGUCACUAGACCAGUGCUUGGCUACCAAGCUGGCAUCCCCAGUAUGGACUUUUCUCCCCAUCACUGCCCCUAGUCCUUGGAGACCCUGUUCCGUUGCUUAUGAUCCCACAAACCACUGCACUGCCACCUACUGGCCAACAGUAAAAAUGCAGGCAAUUAAAUUGGGUAAAAAAUAUAAAAUUAAACGUAAUAAAAGAAAAUGAAAAUAUAUAAAACAGAAAAUUAAAUUAAGCUAAACAAAAUUAAUAAUGUAAAAUGACAAAAACACGAAAAUAAUUUGGUGUACCAAUUCAUUAGUUCAUCAUUUCAAAACUUAUUGCCUUUCAUUGUUUUUUUUUAUUAAGACCAAAGUCCAGCUUAGUUGCCUUUUUAAAUAAACUUAACAGAAGUUGUAUCUACAUUUUUUAUUAAAAUAUUGGAAAUGA